AUGGCACCUCAAUCUAGCCCAGGGCCUUAUACCAAGGUAGUAAACGACACUGGUCUUGAUCAUGGAGAUAUUGCGCCCGCCAUCAUCUCUGUGACGAUUCAAAAAAGCGGCAACAAAAGGAGAGGCACCAACAAGGGCAUGGCAGGUGCUGGUCUCUACGCAGCUCUUCUGGGAACCGCGGGCUUUGCUUUGCCGCCAUCGUUGAGCUCAACAAGCUGGACAAUUGGAAUUAUAGGACUGCUUCUCGCCGGUCAAUCAACACAUGACAUAUCCCAAACGGACGACAGCAAGUCUCACUCCAGGGUGCUUUACCUAGGAGACGCCGCAUCCCUUGGUGUUGAUGAGCGAAAUACUAAUGAAAUUAUCAUGUAUCGAGCUUACAUGGAUGAAAAUAUACUCAAGAUUACCGAAUACUUUGUGCCCAAUGUCGGGUCUUUCUUGUACAACGUUAGUGAUAUCAUCAAAGGAUGUGCGCACGGGGGUACAAUGGACAGAGAGGUGAAGGAGUUGUUUACUUUCACUUUUCCAGAACCUCAGGUCAUUAAUCUGUACCGUUAUAUUUCCAUUCGUGGGUUGAGUCCCACGCCAAGCUUUGGGACGGAUGGUUCCGAGCUCCCCUCCAAUGGUCUUCCGAAGCAAGGCUCAUUGGUUUGGUACGACGCCGAUGGGAAAUUUCUGGCGCAGUGGGAUGGCGAUAAACAAGAAGAGAUAGUCGAUCGCUUUGGAGCCGGAUGGUUCGACUCCAACAACAAGGCCAUCCGCCGAAACCUAGUGUCGUUUAUUCAAGAGAUGAAGCCUCAGUUGAGCUCCAAUAUGACCAUCCUCCACCUGAGCGAUAAGUUCAACACCCCAGUGCUUGUUUUGAACAACUGGAAGGUCAGUGAUACAGGUGAUCGGGCAGCAAACGUGGCAACACAAGAGGAGGUCAUGCGCUUUAUCAAGACUGAUCAAAGGAACUGGGAUUGGGGGUACCAGUGGGAUAGCAACGGCGAUAUCUACCCCUGCAGCUCGCCCUAUUACUACCGAGUAGACUACAUGACUCGAAGCGAGGAUUCUCACCUAUUCUUUCCCCUUACUGAUAAGGAUUGGACAUAUACGACAAUGAUUGUGAAGAAAUUUUAA